ACUUGGAAAAUAAUAAUACAGUACUCCACUUUGUAUUACUCCGUAUUUUUUUUUGGAAUAACUAACACUUAAUUCAAGGUGACACAAAAAUAAUUAUCUAUCAAAUUCAGAUCAUGCCCAUGUUCAGGUUUUUGAGUUCUCUUGUGUUCUUCCUCUAUCUCUCAAACUUCAUUACUACAGAAGCGGCUAAUAAUGGUUCAAAUGGAAAUAUCACAAUCAAGUGGGAUGUUUUAAGCUGGACUCCUGAUGGCUAUGUUGGUGUAGUUACAAUCUACAACUUUCAAAGGAAUCGUAGCAUUCGAGCACCAGGAUGGGAAUUGGGAUGGACGUGGGCAAGACAGGAGAUGAUAUGGGCUAUGACAGGAGCUCAAGCAACAUACCAAGGUGAUUGCUCACAUUUUAAAGGAAGCAUCCCACAUAGUUGUAUAAAGAACCCCACUAUAGUAGACUUGAUGUCUGGAACUCCUUACAACCAACAAAUCGAAGAUUGUUGUCGAGGAGGAGUGCUCGCUCCAUGGUCCGGACAUGAUCAAGCUCGUUCCAAGAGUGCUUUCCAAAUCGCGGUGGGACAAGAAGGCACUACCAUUCAAACUGUCAAAUUGCCCAAAAAUUUCACGUUCAAGGCACCCGGAGAUGGUUAUAGCUGUGGACCUGCUAAGAUAGUUAAGCCUACUCGAUUUUUUACAGCGGAUAAGAGGAGAGUUACUCAAGCUAUAAUGACUUGGAAUGUUACAUGCGUAUAUUCUGGUGCCCGGAAAUCUCCUGCACAAGUCGGGUUUUAGGGAAGAUCAAGCACGGCAACUAGCCCUGCUCCCUGGCCUCAGCUUUCUCCUCGUGGAUGGAUCGGAUUACAUUAAUACACUCCCUAAUCAAAUCAGAUUGCCACUGAAUUCACAUAGUUUAUUUUAUUUUCUGUUUUGAAAAAUGUAAUCAAAGAUGUUAUUCGUGCCAGAUGUUGUGUAUCUUAAUGCUAAUAUAAGGCUAUAAGCUAACAAAGUAAUAAUAAGCUUGUAAUUGUGAUGGAGUGAUGCUCCUUAUCUUUUUAUCUUAUAAAUUAAAGUUCACAUUUGGAUGUUAUGGCUUUUAAUUUUAAUGUUCCAUACUUUUUUUUUGAAAAGGCGUAGUCUAGUCUUAAUUGGCUAAAGUUGUCUGUUACUCAGUAUUCAAGAUAUCCUGUCUGGGGGAGCUUUGUUAUCGUUGUAGAAACUUCUACUCGUAGUAGCCAUC